AUGCGACGAUCGAAUGCUCGCAACCGCGUCGGCUCAAACCCAAACCAAAUGGAUCCAACCGUGAAACGGAUCCAAAUCCGCUCCACGAAUCUCUUCGCUCGCAACAACAAUAGCAACAACAAUUCAAAGUGUCUCUGUUUCAAGACCACGUUCAUCGUUCCUCUCUUCUUCUCGUUCCUCCUCAUCGUUUCAUACUACACUUUCUUCUCCUCAUCACCAUCGGGAGCCAGAAACAGUUUCCGGUACAGUAUAAUCGUCGACGGCGGAAGCACGGGAACUAGGGUUCAUGUGUUUAAGUAUAGGGUUAAAAACGCGUUGGAUUUUGGGAAAAAGGGGGUGGUUUCGAUGAGAGUGAAUCCAGGUUUAUCGGCGUUCGCGGGGGAUCCGGAUGGAGCCGGGAGUUCGCUGGCGGAGCUGGUGGAGUUUGCGAAACAUCGGAUCCCCAAGGAGAGGUGGAUGGAGACGGAGAUUCGGCUUAUGGCUACGGCUGGGAUGAGGAUGCUGGAUGUUGAAGUGCAGGAGAGUAUUCUAGAGUCUUGUAGGAGUGUUUUGCGUUCUUCUGGAUUCAAGUUUAGUGAUGAUUGGGCUUCUGUUAUAACAGGUUCUGAUGAAGGAGUGUAUGCUUGGGUUGUUGCUAAUUAUGCACUGGGAACUCUUGGAGGUGAUCCGUUGGAGACAACUGGGAUUAUCGAACUUGGUGGUGCUUCUGCUCAGGUAACCUUUGUAUCAAGAGAAGCGAUGCUGCCUUUGUUCUCACGCACUGUUAAAUUUGGGAAUAUCACUUACAACCUUUACAGCCACAGCUUGCUUCAUUUUGGCCUGAAUGUUGCUCAUGACUCAUGGAGAGAAGCACUUAUAUCAGGAGAUUUGAACCUGGCUUCUCAAUAUAUUAAGGAUGGGUUGCACAUAGAUCCUUGUACUCCGGCAGGGUACUCUUAUAGUGCGGAUUCAUGGAAGUCCUCGCCUAGCUCACAUAGUGAAGAAAGCCAAUAUCAGCCCACUGUUCAAACAAGGGGAAACUUUUCGGCGUGCAGAUCUGCAGCAUUGACCCUAUUACAAAAGGGGAAAGAAUUGUGUUCUUAUCAGCAUUGCGACAUAGGAUCAACAUUUAUACCUAAGCUUCAGGGGAAAUUUUUGGCUACGGAAAAUUUCUUUCACACAUCAAAGUUUUUUGGAUUGGGGCCACAUGCUUAUCUCUCCAAGUUGAUGAAUGCUGGGCAAAAAUUCUGUGGAGAGGAUUGGUUAAGGAUUAAAAAAAAAUAUGUCUCCCACGACGAGGAAGAUUUACUUCGACAUUGCUUCUCUUCUGCUUACAUUGUUGCUCUUCUUCAUGACAGUCUUGGGAUUGGUAUGGAUGAUGAGAGGAUCAAAGUUGCUAAUCAGGUGAGAAAUAUUCCGCUCGACUGGGCUUUGGGAGCUUUUAUUCUGCAAACUACAGCGGAUUCAGAUCCACAUAACCAUAACUGGUUUGCAGCCAUUUUCAGCAAUGAAUCACCUACUCUCCUCACACUGGUCGGAAUUUUUAUAAUAUUGUUGUUUAUAGCAUGGUCUAUAUCUAGGUGGCGGAAACCUCAGUUGAAGACAAUUUAUGACCUAGAAAAGGGACGAUAUAUAACUACACGAGUUGGUAGGUAA